AUGCAUUACUAUGCCAUAAUAAUACAAUCAACUCUGUAUAUCGUCUUGUUCUUGAAUGUGAAAUACAUUAAGUUUCAAGAAGCUGAAGCAGUUGAAAGAAUCAAUAUGGAUGAAUCCGUUGCACUGUUGGUGGAAAUGUUUCCCGAUAAGCCAGUUGAUGAGUUAAAUUCAGCUCUUAAAAGUUCAAAUGGUAUUUUAGAUGAUGCUUGCGUAAUGUUAGUCAGUGAAGACAGUAGCAGAGAAAAUGUUAAUCCUCAUGAACAGUUAAAAUCUAUGUUUCCAUUGGUACAUCAACCAACAAUCGAAAAGGUUUGGCAUGAUCAAAAUGGUGAUUUUGAUAAUACCGUCGUAGAAUUGUUAAACCAUCAUAUGCUAUUAGAAGAGAAUGACAGUAGAGACCCUGAACCAUCCCCGCAGCCUGAAUCUAAAUCCACUGUAGACAUUGUACAAGAAUACACCGGUGUUACUUCAAGUAUAGCAAGACACUUUAGCUAUAGAAGUUCUUUUAACGUGGUAAAGGCUAUUGUAUCCAUAUUAGACUCAUACCGAGAACCACCACAAGAAAAGAAGACUCCAGCUGCGCCUUUACCCAAGCAUCGUACUGGUGGUCGUGUUCAAGGUCCCAAGGGAGCUGCUCAUGCAGAUAAAUUGGCUUCUUCGUCAACGAGGGAAGCGUCACCAGUAACCCAAGAUAGACCGCCUUAUGUGUAUUCCAUCGAAUCUGCAGAAGCACAAGAGUUGGAAGAUGCAAUCAAAUCUAAUUUAAAUCUACGAAGUAUUCACCCAAAAUUUCUUCAUAGAGCUUUAGAAUACUACAGAGGUGAUUUACUUAAAACUUUACAGUUGGCAAGCUUAAUCAUUGAACAAAAUGGCACCAGGUACACUUACAAGGAUGCCCAUGAAGAGUCAUACGACUUAUCAGGUUUUACAGAAUACAAACCUCGUGGUAAGAGGCGAUCCCCAAGAGAUUUUAAUGGAAAUUCCAACUUCUCACUACAAGACGAUUCGUACGCUCCAAUAGCUCGCAGCAUGUGGUCCAACGUACUGACAAACCCAAGAUUGGAUUUCCAUGGGUUUUUAUGCCCUGAUGCCAUACAAGUAUUACAAAAAUGUCUAGAGAAAUGGUGGAAACACGAAUUGGAUCAAAGAGAAUUGAACAAUCAGAAAUUGUCCAUGACUCAAGUAGCCAACGUUGAUCCUCUGCGAGUAAUCACAGGUAGAGGUAUUCACAGUGACAAUGGUGUAUCAAAGCUUAAAACCCAGGUAAGGAGAUUCUUGGAAAGAAAUCAGUACAAAUUUGUCGAAGAAACCGCCUAUUUUGUAAUCGUAGGUAAGAAAGUUCGUUGA